ACAGCAACAGAGUUUAGACUGUCUUUGCUUCAUCAUCUGAAGGCAAAAUUUUCCAGAUACGGCAGACGGGCUCUCAGAGUACAAUAAACAGGGAAUGAGAACUAUUUACAUGGAAAUUUCUUCCCCAUGAUGCAGCGGAGAAGCCUCGGCCACUUGAUUCUGCCAGAUGUUCCUGGGGUUACUGUAAAAGGAAAGAAGAAGCAGAGCUAAACAAGGUUCAAGAUUUAAAAGUGCCUGUGUGAAGUCGCUUUUGCUGGAAACCACAGCCCGGGAGCUUUUGUGUUCAAAUCUUGUUUUGCUGUCGAAUACACAUUAUCCUGACCUUAGGAGUGGAUGAAGAUACCUCAGUUGUCUGGCUUUGCCAAUUGCUUGAUUUCAGAAUUUUAAAAGGUGGAAGGAAAAAGAAAUCUUGCUAAGAUCUGAACAUCUAAGUGGCUUAUUUUCCAGCAUCGUCAAUAGCUGCGAGUGUCAGAACUGAAUAUUCUCCCAAGGAGUGCCAUGAUAUUGAAGUCACUUUAUUAAAAACGGUUGUGUCUGCAAAACGAUCAGGAGACUGGGACGUUUGCAGCCAGAGAUGACACUGAGCGUGCUUUUAUUGUGGCCCGUGGUCUUCGAGGGGGGCAUAUUGAUUGAUGAGUGACUGCCUGCCGGUAAAUUCUCUCCUCACUCUGUUUCCUGGAUUGGACUUCAUUAAGCAAUUUGUCACUUACCUUCAGACUUACAUGCGGGAUUUUUCACAACAAUAGUUUCGGAAUCGUUGGAACUUGGAUUGAUUUCAUCAUUUAACAGAAACCAGCAGGAUCCCAAAUUAUUUCCUCAUCAUGGCUUUGAAUGUUGCCCCAGUCAGAGAUACAAAGUGGCUGACCUUAGAAGUCUGCAGACAGUUCCAGAGGGGAACGUGCUCCCGCUCUGAUGAGGAAUGCAAAUUUGCUCACCCCCCCAAAAGUUGCCAGGUUGAAAAUGGAAGGGUAAUCGCCUGCUUUGAUUCCCUGAAGGGCCGUUGUUCAAGAGAGAACUGCAAGUAUCUUCAUCCUCCAACACAUUUAAAAACUCAACUAGAAAUUAACGGGAGGAACAAUUUGAUCCAGCAAAAAACUGCAGCAGCAAUGCUUGCCCAGCAGAUGCAAUUCAUGUUUCCAGGAACCCCACUUCAUCCAGUGCCCACUUUUCCUGUAGGUCCCACAAUAGGGACAAAUACGGCGAUUAGCUUUGCUCCUUACUUAGCACCUGUAACCCCUGGAGUUGGGUUAGUCCCAACGGAAAUUCUACCCACCACACCUGUGAUUGUUCCCGGAAGUCCACCUGUCACUGUCCCGGGCUCAACGGCAACUCAGAAACUUCUCAGGACUGACAAACUGGAGGUCUGCAGGGAGUUCCAGCGAGGAAACUGCGCCCGGGGAGAGACCGACUGCCGCUUCGCGCACCCCGCCGACAGCACCAUGAUCGACACCAACGACAACACCGUAACCGUUUGUAUGGAUUACAUAAAGGGGCGUUGCAUGAGGGAGAAAUGCAAAUAUUUUCACCCUCCUGCACACUUGCAGGCCAAAAUCAAAGCCGCGCAGCACCAAGCCAACCAGGCCGCCGUGGCCGCCCAGGCAGCCGCGGCCGCGGCCACAGUCAUGCUCCCAGUUGAUUCCAGUGUGCAGCAGAGUUUGAGAACCGCCUCACUGGGUUGCAGAAUUAAUUUAUUUUCAUGUGAGAUCUCUGGCUUGACAGAAAUCUAUUUUAAUAUAUGAUAGGCACUGGACAUCCAUUCACGCAAAACAUAUCAUGAGAUCUGCCUUGCACUGGGCACUUGCUGGGUGGAAUAAAUAAAUUAGGCAGCUUUCCUUGCCCUCAGGGAGCUUGGAGUUUAGUAAGUGACAGCGAUAAUGUUCCGGGACGUGAUGGAAAUGCAUAAUGGGGUUCGGGGGGCAGGAAAGACUCAGUAGCCGGUCAUCCCUUGGGAAAGAUAGAGAUGGGCUUCAGAGAUGAAAGGUAGAGUUUAAAACACAUUGUUCUAACUAGCGACCACCACUUCAUACAUUGAUAGCUGAUUAAAAUGCAAGCAUAGCUGUUAUACAAACAAGUUCACAUUAUUCAACAUUCUUUCCACAAAUGUCUAUGAAGCCUGACCCUGAUAAGCAACAAGCAUGCAGAGAGGAAGGCCCAGAGCCUGCCCUUACGCCAUCGCCCCUUAAGGUGGCCUGUGUGCUUAUUCAGACCUUUCCAAUCUCGCUUAUUUCCAAGUAUCUUGAGCACCGAGUCCUUCCUCUCUCUCACAGUUUCUUCUCAGAGCCCUUGUCCCUUUAGUGUUUUUUCUUCCUGUCCUUCUCAUUCGUAUGUCACUGGACAUAACAGUGAUUUUCUUCUGGAUGUGUGAGUUCCUGUGUACGUGGGAAUGUAUGCAUCCGCAUAGGAGAAGUCGGGCAUUAUAAAGUCUCCCCCUUUUGUUCUCGUAAAAGAGUGGUUUUCAAAACUGAUUAUAAGUAGGCACAAGGGGGUGGGGGGCCUGUAGGAAAGAUGAAAAUAAAUUGGUCACAAUGCUGAGGAUAAAGGAAUCCUUUUAGAGAGCAAAUGAGGUCUCCUAUACGUUUGCGCAGUGUAGAAUCCAUCUCACCACGCGCUUAGUGAAGACAUCCUCCGAGAAGUAAAAUGUUUUUCAUUGUAAUCAUUCUUUUAGGCCAACCCAAAUUUAUUCGAACUGGUUUGUUGAUCGAUGGGCACAAAGAACACAUUUUUACCUUGAGCGAGUGUUACAAAUCAUAACUAGGUAUCAAGGAUACCCCCAAGGCUAGUCAGGACUCUGGUUGCAAGAGACAAAAGCCCAAACGAAGUAGCUUAAAUGAAAAAGUUGGACUUUAUUAGAUCAUUUAGUACCUGCCCUCCAAGAGAGAAAAUAGGGCCCAAGGGUGCCUGGAUCCAGAAACUUGAAAACCAGUAGGUCUCUUAUCUUUUUUUCUGUUUCUCUUGGUAUAUCAGCUCCAUUCUCUAAGAUCAGCUUCUCCAGACAACACUGACCAUGGCUUUGGACACCCCUAGGGACACAUUCUUAUAUCUUCUGACAAGAGAGAAAACAGUAUCUUCUACACCAUCUCUAAUUAGAAAAAAAAAAAAAAGCCACCAGGGUCAUUUUGGUGGCCGUCCUGCGGUUGGAGUAAUAGCGUGCCAUGAUUAGCUCAGCCUGGAUCGCGAUGGCCAUCUCUGGCCACUGCGAUAUAAGCCGAGGUUCUGAGACUAUGAAAAAAAAUUAGUCCCUGUAACUCAAAUACUUGUUAAAUACAACAAACCACUGGUACAAAUAGUGAUCUUUAGAGCUGAGCCCUGAAUUUAUCUGAGCCUUGAUUUAUCUGCCUGUUACCUAGAAGUACCAGUUCUAACAUCCACAGUCAAUAUGUUCUUCAGUCAUUGAAAGAGCAAUGCACCUAGACUAUGUCAGUGGUAGAUGGCAUGCAUUGAUGGAGAUAAGAGGAAAAAAAGGCCAUUUAUACAAACAGCCCAGUUAUCUUUAAAUCAAGACUUGACUGCUCUAUGUGCCCUUCUGUGCAUUUGCACAUCAUUCUCAUCAAGGUGCACAGAGGUGGUUGCAGUGGAUGUCAGUAUGUUUAGUUACCAUAGUUUCCUAGCUUGUUACACUGUGCCCACAUUUGGAGUUCUGAUAUUUCAGGUGAUCUUGCAGCAUCGUCAAAGACAACCCAGAGGAAUGUAGUUUCAGAACAGAAGCAUCAGCUUCUUUCUGACAAUGACAUGAAAAUUACUGAAUCUGUCAUGUCUUUUUAGUUGAAGCGAGAGAGGCUCGUUUGAAACCAGUCAAGUUGCAGUUGGAUAAAGUCAAAGUAGUCUUACUCAAAAAGCAAGAUACUCAGUACACUGAAGAAAAACUAUUAUUUUACAUCCUUAUUUAAAAGAACAAAUGGGAGCGAUGAUUGCAGUCAGAAGAUAUUAAUAUUCCAUUCUCCUGGGUUCCAUAUUUGAAUACCAAGAAGUUCUGUGGUGCAAUUUUUAUUUAUUGUCCGGGGACUUCGCCUUCUUUUGAUUAAUUGGACUCUGAAAAUGAAUGUCAAGCUUUGAUUCCAGAGAAAGAGGUCUCUCUUUCCUUUAGGGCCUUGUUCUUUUACAAUACCAUCCUCACCAGAAUUUUCCAAAUGUAAAAAUAAGCCAGACAGAGCUUCUCUUUGGUAAUUUUAACACAAAGCGUAUCUGACCUUCAAGCCAGCAGUCUUUCUUCGCACACACACCAAACUGGGCCUACACCAGGAGAUACUUCUUCUUUAAAAGGACAGGGCCAGCUGCCAUCAGCUAGAUAAGUUUCAGUUGUUCAAGAAAACGUGUACAGGAACUUUGAAUCCCAUCCUAUUUGUCCACAUCCUUUUCUUCCACAUUAAAGUGGCAGCUCUGAUUACCGUCGUCAGUGGCUCGUGACUCCUCAGAUUUGGUCCUUGCCUCUAAUGCCGGGCCCUUGGUUGGCCUGCCUUGACUUGAAGUUCGCGUGCUCCUUGAUCCAGGAAAUGAAAAUUUUGGCUGUAGGUACACAGGCUGGAGAAGGCCCAGAGGGGGCAAAGGGUCAGAAAUGUUGGUGAAGCCAGCAGGAAUGGAUGCCCAGUGCCUGGCACAUAGUAGGGGCUCAGUGAAAGAGAACCUCGUCCUCUGCACAGGUGCCUAAGGAAGCUCCCAAGGUGCACUGGACUUGGGGAUCUCUAAGGUCUGUUCUAAGCCUGAAGAUCUUUCCAUAUCGGUAAAUGUAUGCCUACAGCCAAAUAAUAUCCUCUAAAACAGAACAUCUAUGUACUACAAAGUCACAUUAUAACAUGAUUCAGCCGUACAGGUUUUUAAAUACUUUCUACACUUGUGCCUCAAAGUGUGAGGUGUGCAGGGUAUUAAUACGUACACUCGACCCUCCGAGUCCUUCGUGUUUCCUUGAAAAGACAAGAUAUGUGCAUUUAGUAAAGAUAACCCCAAAUAAGGAGUGGUAGAAAGGGAGAUGCUGCCACACUGUCCAGCUCAGUUUAGAGCUCUCAGCUUCUUUAAAUUCCUAGUUUAUCAUCAUUUUUGUUGAAAUUACCUUUCAGCAAACUAAGAUCGGGAAAAAGAGGACAUUAACCUUUCAGGCGAUUAUCCUAGGAAGAAAUAUUUAAUAUUGCUUUUUCUGCUUGGAGCCUUCAUUAAAUGAUGCUUUGUUAAAUCAAAAUUUUGUUCAUAAAUACCAGCCUGUGGAGAUGUAAUCACUCUUCUAGUUAGCAUGUCAGAGGAGAUCCACCGGAUACUAGAUUUGUUCUGUAACUCCCAAGGACUGGAAAAGUGAAGGGAAGAAUUGAAUCCAGAAAGUUGAGGACAAGAUGAUUUUGAGUUUAACCAUCCAGUUCACGUUGUUAGUGUUGUCAGUAUGCGCUCGAGAACAGACUGUGCAGCCUUAUGUAGUUAGUACAGACUACUAUAAGCAAAAAAAUAAAAAUGAAAACAUUUUAAAAAUUGCAUUAUCUAGCAAGGUGAAAUUAUACAGGAAUGAAAGAUUUUAAACAAAAAUGGUGUCAGGAAGUUUACAUCAUGGCAAACUGACAUUUGAGGAAAGAAUAUUCAAAGAACCUUUCUUACUGUGAAGCUUGCUGGUUUUUGAAAACGUUCACAGUUCUGCCUGCAGAUCAAUAAUUUCAUAUUAUGUGAUGGCUUCUAUCCAGACUGCCUUCCAAAACAUCUUCUCCAUUGGCCAUUGUAAACUUCUUCUCUACCUGUAGUCCUUUCCACCUUAUUUCUGACCUCCACUCCCCCACCCCCACCGGCCCCUUAGCUCUUUACUGCAUCUCCUAUCACCUCCAUACUUUUAACCCUGAAUCAUCAAAUGAUGAUAAACAGCUCUUUAUUGGCCAAGGAAAAUAUCAUUGGUUCCCAUUUUGAGGGUUAAAUACUAUCUCAUUUUCUUUCACAUGCCAUAGUUGUAACUCAGAACUUUAGAAUAAAACAUUGUGUGUUUAUUAUACGAACCUUAGGGAUUUACCUAUUGUGCUAAACAUAGAAAAUGGGUAUUUCAUUUCUUUUAUUUGCAUUGGAGCGAUUCCUUUGAAUUUCUUUAUUUUCAUAGAAUUCCAUCAUAAAAUUUUCAGAUUUUUUUUUUACAACAAUUAUCAAGGAACAGGAAAAUUUUUUCAUCAUGGUCUAAAUCAGUCACUAUUUAUUAUUAUUUCAGCUGUUUAAAUGAAACUAUCUGCCCACAAGUAUGGUUAUAAGUUAAAGAUAUUAUUUUACUUCUAAUAUUCCAAGCAGUUCUUUGCUAUUUUUUAGCUGUUUGCUAUUUUUAGCUGUUGUACUUGUUCUAAUCAAGAGUUUCACAUCUCAUUAACUUGGGUUGGUCACUGAUUAUAGUUAAAAGUACAAAUAGAAUUAUUAAAUAUAAAUUAUUUUGAUACCCGAGAACACUAAAUACCCUUUAAAGGGUAUUUUCUUAUUGUAAUCCGGUAAGUUGUUUGCGAUAAAUUAAAUUAAAAUUUCAAAUGUGGUGGAAAACAGAAUGGAUGAUAAGUUAGUCAUUAGAAACCAUACGAUGGAAUAAAAGCAGGAAUUUGAGAAACCUAUUAUUCAAAUUCAAAACUUCUUAAAUUUGGAACCUCAUUCCAUGUUCCCAGAUCCACACUAGCAGAGUGAAGAGAAAAAUUGAGACAAUUGUCCACAUAAUUCAGACAAAAAUUUAAGAUCCAAACCCAAACAAGUUUUGCCUAAAUAAUCUUGUGUUUGAAUAUAUUUUUGCCUGAAUUUUUUGUCUCAGUUUGCCACUUCAUUUUGUUAGGCUAGAUCUUCAUUAAAAAUUCUUUUUAUAAAAGUUAAAGGCAUUAUCUUUUUUUUGCAACUUUGAUCUUAUGACUUGGAUCUCAUACAUUGUGCAUUCGUUAUUUUAUCUUUGCAAACUAACUUAUCAGAAGUUCUUCAAUCCUGUGGCCCUUAAAAGUUUUGCAUUUUUUUCUGAAGCAAUAUAAAAAAUGCUUAUGGUGUGUAUGCAAGCUGCUGUUUUAAUUAACUUUCCUGAAUUUCAAACAUCUAUAUUUUACUCUCUUAUAUGCUUUUAACUAAGGUAUAGUAGAUGCAUUUUUGCUUCAAUACUAAUUUAAGGUGUAAUAUUCAUUUCUUUAGAGAACAUUUUUGUUGUUGUGCAUGCCUAGUGUUUUGUACGUUGUAUAUUGCAUUCAGAAUAUUUUUUUCCUUCUCACCUAUCCACAAUGCAAUGCCGUUCCCAUGAUGCACCUCUGCUUGCUGUUUACCUGUAUGUUAAUUCGCUUGAAUCCCAUUGGCCCACUGCCAUCAUGUGCUCGCUGCCUGUUAUUAAAAGACUCAGUCGACUGCCAAAGCAAUGA